AUGGGCUCGCCCCCUCACCCUCCCCACGCCCCCGGCACGGGUAGAAGCGAUAGAAACAACAUCAACCUCUACACGAUCAAUGCGAGGGGCCUCAACUCCCCACACAAACGGGCCAGGGCACUGCGAGAGAUCAGAGCACUAGGGAUAUCUAUCGCCUUCUUCCAGGAAACCCACUUCCAUGCACCCCAGGCUCCUAAGUUCUCCAACAGAUACUACCCCACCGGGUACUUCGCACACAACCCCUCAAAUAAAUCCAAGGUAGUGGCCAUACUGCUCUCAGCGGACAUUCAGUUCCAAUUGGAAGCGGAGGUAAAGGACACGGAAGACAGAUACCUCUUUCUCGAAGGGAAAAUAGGCGACUCCAGAAUUACACCGGCGAACUUAUACCUCCCGAAUAAAGGCCAGAAGCAGUUCCUGACCUUCGCCCUGAGAACCCUGGAAACAUUUGGAGAAGGAACCAUCAUAAUCGGAGGGGACUUCAAUGCCCCCCUAGACCCCAGAACGGACACAUCGAAAGGAACCUCCAAGAUACCAGACCAUGUCCUUCGGGGCAUGAGGACUCUUCUCUCAGAUCACCAGCUCGCAGACUUCUGGCGCAUUCUCCACCAUGCGGACAGGGACUACACCUACUAUUCGGCACCACACAGAUCCUACUCGAGAAUAGAUUACUUCUUCACCCAACACAGAGACCUAGACACACUGAUAUCUGCCCGCAUAGAGCCCAUGACCUGGUCGGACCACGCACCG